ACUUCUUUAUGUUUUAAAGUACAUCCGCUCUUCUUAACCUUUCUCCAUCCUCCUCCCAGCAACCACAUCUGACAUGAAGAACGCGUUACCCAGGCCUACUCCGUCCUCUCUCUCUCUCUCUCUCAACCUUCUUAUAUUUGAACCAACACCCAUUUCAUUCAACACCUUCCUUCUUCCAAACCUAUUCUAACUAACCAAACCAAAACCUCUUCUGAAGUCCUCCCUCCUUCCCUCUCCAUCCUCCAUCUCCCUUCUUCUCUUUUCCAACCGCGAUGGGGUCCAAGCUUCUCCACACCGUUCUUCUUCUUCUCCUGCUCUUCCUCACUUCCUUGGCACCAACUCUAGUUUCCUGUAACCAGACUUACAUCGUCUACAUGAAACCGGCCCACAAACCCUCGGCCCACCCGACCCACGCUCUGUGGUACGAGGCCCACCUCCAGUCCCUCUCCAUCGAUCCCUCUCGCCACCUCCUCUACGCUUACUCCGCCGCCUUCCACGGCUUCGCCGCCCACCUCCUCCCCCACCACCUCCCCCUCCUCCGCCGCUCGCCUGCUGUUCUCUACCUCCAACCAGAUCCCCUCUACUCUCUCCACACCACCCGCUCCCCGCUCUUCCUGGGCCUCCCCCCCUUGGCCCCUUCCUCCUCCCGCCACCACACCUUUGCCACCGCAGGUGGCGGCGACGGAGAUGUCAUCAUCGGCGUGCUCGACACCGGCGUCUGGCCGGAGUCCCCUAGCUUCUCCGACGCCGGCCUAACGCCGGUCCCCUCUCGCUGGCGCGGCGCCUGCGAGUCCGGCCCCGACUUCACCCCAUCCCUCUGCAACCGCAAGCUCGUCGGCGCCCGCAGCUUCUCCCGCGGCUUCCGCGCCGCCCGAGGGGAUGCGGAGGGGGAGCGCGCCUCCCCUCGGGACCGGGAGGGCCAUGGGACCCAUACAGCAUCCACAGCCGCGGGAGCCCCCGUGGCUAAGGCCAGCCUGCUCGGCUACGCCCAGGGCACCGCCCGGGGCAUGGCGCCGGGGGCCCGCGUGGCGGCCUACAAGGUCUGCUGGACCAACGGCUGCUACGGCUCGGAUAUCCUCGCCGGGAUAGACCAGGCCAUCGAGGAUGGCGUCGACAUCCUCUCCCUCUCCCUCGGCGGCGGGUCCGCGCCCUACUCGCGGGACCCGAUCGCCAUGGGAACAUUCUCCGCGGUGCAGCGCGGCAUCUUCGCCGCCUGCUCCGCGGGGAACAGCGGACCCUCCCGCUCCUCCCUCACCAACACCGCCCCGUGGAUCGCCACGAUCGGUGCCGGCACUCUGGACCGGGAUUUCCCGGCCUACGCCGAGCUGGGUGACGGCAAGCGACACACCGGAGUGUCGCUUUACAGCGGGGAGGGGUUGGGGAAGACAAUGAUUCCUAUUGUGUAUGGGAAGGGUGUGCAGGUCGGGAGCAAUUCGAGCAAACUAUGCUUGCCCGGGACCUUGGACCCGGCGGAGGUGAAGGGAAAGGUGGUGUUCUGCGAUCGCGGGAUCAAUGCGCGGGUGGAGAAGGGGGAGGUGGUGAAGGAGGCCGGCGGGGUGGGAAUGAUACUGGCAAAUGCAGCAGCCAAUGGGGAGGAGCUUGUUGCGGACAGUCACUUGCUGCCUGCGGUGGCGGUGGGGGCGAAGGGUGGGGAUCUCAUCAGAGAAUAUGUGCAGUCGGAUCCCAACCCCAUGGGAGUGCUGAGCUUUGGAGGAACUGUGAUUCAUGUGCACCCGUCGCCGGUGGUGGCGGCGUUCAGCUCCAGAGGGCCAAACAUGGUGGUGCCGCAGUUGCUUAAGCCGGAUGUCAUUGGACCCGGAGUAAACAUAUUGGCUGCUUGGUCUAAGGCGAUUGGACCUACUGGAUUGGUGAAGGAUGAGCGCAGACCUGAGUUCAACAUUAUGUCAGGAACAUCUAUGUCAUGCCCACACAUCAGUGGGGUUGUGGCAUUGCUCAAGGCUGCACACCCUGAAUGGAGCCCGAGUGCCAUCAAGUCUGCCCUCAUGACCUCUGCAUAUACUGUUGACAACACUGGAUCCCCCCUCCUUGAUGCUGCUGGAGGCUCAAAUGCAAACCCAUGGGCUUAUGGUUCUGGCUAUGUGAAUCCACAGAAGGCCCUCUCCCCAGGCCUUGUCUAUGACAUUGCUACCGAAGACUACAUUGGUUUCUUAUGCUCUUUAGACUACUCAGCUGAUCACAUCCAAGCCAUUUCUCAAAGCCCCAACACCACAUGCUCACGGAAGCUGUCAGAUCCGGGCAACCUAAACUACCCCUCAUUUUCAGUCGUAUUUGGUGGAAAGUCACGUAGACCAGUAAGAUACAGCCGGGAGCUCACAAAUGUUGGCCUGGCAGGUUCUGUCUACAACCUGACAUAUAGUGGCCCUCCCAGUGUGAGUGUGACUGUUAGACCAAAAAAGCUUGUUUUUAAACAGGUGGGAGAGAAGCUGAAGUACACUGUUAUAUUCACAUCAAAGAAGGAAGGAAACCCCACAGACGUGGCAUUUGGUUGGAUCUCAUGGAAUAAUGAGCAGCACCAAGUGCAAAGUCCCAUUUCAUAUAUGUGGCAAAUGUCAUGAAAGUGGCAUGCUUUCUCAUGAUAACUAGUUGAAAGACAUGUUCGUGUUUGAAUAUAAUUAGACUGCUUGUGCAAGUAGGUGAUCUGGGAAUGCCAAAUGUUUCCUUUCAGAUUGCCAAAUCUAAGAAUUAUGGAUCCAGGCUGCUCUUUCUCUUUAGUUUCCAAGUUGUGUUGGUCCUCAAUCAACAAGCUCGAUACAGAUGACUUCAAGGGCCUUUCACUGACUUCAUUAUAGUUAUGGUUUUAGAUUAUCGCAAGAUCCUAGUAAGCUCUUCUCCACAUGCUGCAUAUCCAUUUUCAUCGACAGCUGAUGACUAGACAUUCAAAGAGUGCUUUUCAUCAGCUCAAGUUUGGGAAUUGUUACUUUUGUUUUCUGUUUGUGAGCAGUAUGUAAAAUAACAUGCUUUAAUGAAUGAGGUAAUUGCAAACUGGUAAUUUUCUA